AUGAAAGUCAAAUUCUCAGGAUCCUACCCCAACCACCAGAAGGGCAUCAUUAUCAAGGACUCCCAGUCCAUAUCUAUCGCCAACAUCAUCCUCGCCAGCAUCGCUCUCACCAGCAUCGCUGUCGUGGUCGCUAGCCCGAGGGUCACACUUAGCUUCGCGGCCAAGGUCGUCUGCAACCAUGCCUCGUCCGUUUCGCUGUACGUUGGCGAGCUCGAACCCACCGUCACCGAGGCCAUGCUCUUCGAGCUCUUCUCCCAGAUCGGCCCCGUCGCCUCCAUCCGUGUCUGCCGUGAUGCCGUCACCCGUCGCUCUCUCGGAUACGCCUACGUGAACUACAACACCACCAUCGAUGGCGAGAAGGCUCUCGAGGAGCUGAACUACACCAUCAUCAAGGGCCGCCCUUGCCGCAAGACCGGUGCUGGCAACGUCUUUAUCGAGAAUAUCAACGUCGCGAUCAACAACAAGGCCCUGCACGACACCUUUGCUGCCCUCGGCAACAUCCUCAGCUGCAAGGUUGCCCAGGAUGAGCACAGAAACUACAAGGGCUAUAGUUUCGUCCAUUACGAGACCGACGAGACCGCCUCUCAGGCCAUCAAGCACGUUAACGGCAUGCUGCUCAACGAGAAGAACGUCUACGUCGGCCACCACAUCCCUAAGAAGGACCGCCAGACCAAGUUUGAGGAGAUGAAGGCCAACUCUACAAACGUCUACAUCAAGAACAUCCAAACCAACUGCAUUGAUGAGGAGUUCCGCGAAUUAUUCACUAAGUACGGCGACAUUACCUUGGCUUCGCUUGCCCGUGACCAGGAAACCGGCAAAAACCGUGGUUUCGGUUUCGUCAACUUUACCACCCAUAAAGCUGCAUAUAAGGCUGUUGAGGAGCUAAACGGCAAGGACUUUAAGGGCCAGGACCUUUACUCAUAUGAGGCCGCCUGCAUGGAAAAGGCCAGCAAGUACCAGGGUGUCAACUUGUAUGUCAAGAACCUGAGCGAUGAUGUCGACGACGACAAGCUCCGCUCCAUCUUCUCUGAGUUCGAUCCAAUCACGUCUGCCAAGGUUAUGCGCAAUGCGAUUGAGGCCGGUGACGAGCAGGAAGACUCGGAGGGCAAGGACAAGGAGAACAAGAAGGAGACCGAGGAGACGUCUGGUGAUGACGAGUCCGGCGAGAAGAAGGACAAGAAGACAGAGAAGAAGUUCGGCAAGAGCAAGGGCUUCGGUUUCAUGUGCUUCAGCAACCCUGACGAUGCCACCAAGGCCGUUGCCGACAUGAACCAGCGCAUGAUCGACGGCAAGCCUCUCUACGUUGCCCUGGCGCAGCGCAGAGACGUUCGCGAAUUUUAG